AUGACUGCUUUGUUCACAUAUGAGAAUCUACAGUUCCAGAAAAUGAUCCUUGAGAGAUCUGACCUUGGUGAUUCAACAUAUCAUCCAGAGGUUGUACUCAACAUUCCUCCAAAUCCCUCAAUGAAAGAAGCUGAGGCACUGAUGUAUGAUGCCAUUGACGAGCUUUUUCCCAGGACCUCUGUCAAGCCCAAGGACAUUGGAAUCUUGAUUGUCAACUACCGUUUGUUCAACCCAACUCCAUCUCUUUCUGCCAUGCUUAUGAACCAUUACCAGCUUCGAGGGAACAUAGUCAGUUACAAUUGUCACGACCCCAAAAUUUCGACUCUGUUACCCCUCAUGAACUUGCCCAGAAUCGGCUGGAGACCGCCGCAAUGUCUCGGGUUUGAGGGGAGGAGGUCAACGUCGUCGCUGCUCGAUUCGAGUCUCACCGUGGGUCGAAUCGCGUUGAGGAGUAGGAGGGAGAGCUCGUCGUUGUGGCUCAUAGCUCCUGCGAUGCCGGCGACGUCGGAAUUGACAGACCCGAGGUUCAGCUUUGUCGGCGUUGCUCGAUCUCCGCCUGGGGUGCGUCGCUGUCACCACCGGUCGAUGCGUCGUGCCCGUGCGGUCCCAAUGAUACAAGCGGUGUCGAGCACAGAGGCCGGUGGAGGAAAAUCGCCGGCGAGGGAAGUGAGGGUUGGGGAGAGAGAGCGAUCAGGAAGAGAGAGAGAGGAGAGAGAGAAAGCAGAAAGGCUGCGGGAUGCGGUUUCCAAUUUUGGAAACUAG